UCUGGGGCUUGCCGCCGACCUGAGCACGGAGGCAAAGAUAUUUCUUCCCUCCCUGCCCCUGCGCGGGUAAAACGAAUUUUUACUGACGGGGGCGCGGGGAGCCGCCGUCACCGGGGAGAAUAAAACCGGAGGGCCCCGGCGAGGCCGCCGGGGGUAGGAGGCUAUACCGCACUUAAAUGCGAGCGUAACCAAAUACCUUCCACCCGUACCGGCGAGGAACAACAGACGAGGGAGGAGGAGGAGGCGAAGCGGAAAUGGGGCUCCGCCACCGCGCCUCCUCGCUCCGGCUGCUAUCCCUGGCUCUCGGGCUCGCCGUCUUGCUCGUCUCAGUGUCGGCGCAGCAGAAGUUCGGGAUCAACUACGGGCAGAUCGCCAACGACCUGCCGGACCCGACGCGGGUGGCGGGGCUCCUCCAGUCGAUGAACGUGAACAAGGUGAAGCUCUACGACGCGGACCCCAGGGUGCUGACGGCCUUCGCCAACACCGGCGUCGAGUUCAUCAUCGCCGUGGGCAACGAGAACCUGCAGACCAUGGCCGCCAGCCCCGCCGCGGCGCGCCAGUGGGUGGCCACGCACGUGCAGCCCUACAUCCCGGCCACGCGCAUCACCUGCGUCACCGUCGGCAACGAGGUCUUCUCCAGCAACGAUACCGUCAUGAUGUCCAGCCUCCUCCCCGCCAUGAAGGCCGUCUACGCCGCGCUCGGCGACCUGGGCCUCGGCACCCAGGUCACCGUGUCGUCGGCGCACUCCGUGAACGUGCUCGCCACCAGCUUCCCGCCGUCGUCGGGCGCGUUCCGGGAGGACCUCGCCGAGUACAUCCAGCCCAUCCUCGACUUCCACGGCCAGACGGGCUCGCCGUUCCUCAUCAACGCCUACCCGUUCUUCGCCUACAAGGCCAACCCCGGCAGCGUGUCGCUGCCGUACGUGCUGUUCGAGCCCAACCCGGGCGUGCGCGACCCCAACACCAACCUCAGCUACGACAACAUGCUCUACGCCCAGAUCGACGCCGUGUACGCGGCGAUGAAGGCCAUGGGGCACACGGACGUGGGCGUCAGGAUCUCCGAGACCGGGUGGCCGUCCAAGGGCGACGACGACGAGACCGGCGCCACUGUGCAGAACGCCGCGGCGUACAACGGCAACCUGAUGCAGAGGAUCGCCAUGAACCAGGGGACGCCGCUCAAGCCCAACGUGCCCAUCGACGUGUACGUGUUCGCGCUGUUCAACGAGGACAUGAAGCCGGGGCCGGCGUCGGAACGGAACUACGGGCUGUUCUACCCCAACGGCUCGCCGGUCUACGCGAUCAACGCCGGCUCCGGCUCCGGCGGCGGGUCGCUGAACCCGUACUACACGUCCAUGUUCUCCUCCUCGUCCAAAUUGGCGGUAAGCACAACAUUUUUGACAGAGCGUGUGAUACUAUUAUUGCUGCUGCAAGCAAUUGUAAUACUCCUACAGUCCUAGUGUUAGCCAGUGAUACCUUGUAAUCUUGUACACGAAAAACACGCAUUUCAAUUCAACCAUGGGGUAGGCCUGGAUUCGGAAAUUUGGCAUGAAA